AGGAAGUGGCUGCCGUCAAUCACGCGGGGAGACUCCAAACAGUGAGCCUAGAGCUGGAGACUAGCGUUAACCGGCGGGGCGGCCGGUUUUAUGAAUGAAGCUAUGGCUACAGAUUCCCCAAGAAGACCCAGUCGUUGUACUGGUGGAGUUGUGGUUCGCCCCCAGGCUGUCACAGAGCAGUCCUACAUGGAAAGUGUUGUGACUUUUCUGCAGGAUGUUGUGCCACAGGCUUACAGUGGAACACCUCUAACAGAAGAAAAGGAGAAAAUAGUCUGGGUCAGAUUUGAAAAUGCAGAUUUAAAUGAUACAUCAAGAAAUCUGGAAUUUCAUGAAAUACAUAGCACUGGGAAUGAACCUCCUUUGUUGAUUAUGAUUGGCUACAGUGAUGGAAUGCAGGUCUGGAGCAUCCCUAUCAGUGGCGAAGCACAAGAGCUCUUCUCUGUUCGACAUGGCCCAAUUCGAGCGGCUAGAAUCUUGCCUGCUCCACAGUUUGGUGCUCAAAAAUGUGAUAACUUUGCUGAAAAAAGACCCCUCCUUGGUGUUUGUAAGAGCAUUGGAUCUUCUGGCACAAGCCCACCGUACUGUUGUGUGGAUCUGUAUUCACUUCGUACUGGGGAGAUGGUCAAGUCCAUUCAAUUUAAGACACCUAUUUAUGAUCUCCAUUGCAAUAAACGGAUCCUUGUUGUAGUCUUGCAGGAGAAAAUUGCUGCCUUUGAUAGCUGUACUUUCACGAAGAAAUUCUUUGUCACAAGCUGCUAUCCAUGUCCAGGGCCAAACAUGAAUCCUAUUGCUCUUGGGAGCCGCUGGCUUGCUUAUGCAGAAAACAAGUUGAUUCGAUGUCAUCAGUCCCGUGGUGGAGCCUGUGGAGACAACAUUCAGUCUUAUACUGCCACAGUCAUUAGUGCUGCUAAAACGUUGAAAAGUGGCCUGACAAUGGUAGGGAAAGUGGUGACUCAGCUGACAGGCACACUGCCUUCAGGUGUGACAGAAGAUGACGUUGCUAUCCACAGUAAUUCACGGCGGAGCCCUUUGGUCCCAGGCAUCAUCACAGUUAUUGACACAGAAACUGUCGGAGAGGGCCAGGUGCUUGUGAGUGAGGAUUCUGACAGUGAUGGCAUUGUGGCCCACUUCCCUGCCCAUGAGAAGCCAGUGUGCUGCAUGGCUUUUAAUACAAGUGGAAUGCUUCUAGUCACAACAGACACCCUUGGCCAUGACUUUCAUGUCUUCCAAAUUCUGACUCAUCCUUGGUCCUCAUCACAAUGUGCCGUCCACCAUCUGUAUACUCUUCACAGGGGAGAAACUGAAGCCAAAGUACAGGACAUCUGCUUCAGCCAUGACUGUCGCUGGGUUGUGGUCAGUACUCUCCGGGGUACUUCACAUGUUUUCCCCAUCAACCCUUAUGGUGGCCAGCCUUGUGUUCGUACACAUAUGUCACCACGAGUAGUGAAUCGCAUGAGCCGUUUCCAGAAAAGUGCUGGACUGGAAGAGAUUGAACAAGAACUGACGUCUAAGCAAGGAGGUCGUUGUAGCCCUGUUCCAGGUCUAUCAAGCAGCCCUUCUGGGUCACCCUUGCAUGGGAAACUGAACAGCCAAGACUCCUAUAACAAUUUCACCAACAACAACCCUGGCAACCCUCGGCUCUCUCCUCUCCCCAGCUUGAUGGUAGUGAUGCCUCUCGCACAAAUCAAGCAGCCAAUGACAUUGGGGACCAUCACCAAACGAACCGGGCCUUAUCUCUUUGGAGCGGGGUGUUUUUCCAUAAAAGCUCCAUGCAAAGUUAAACCUCCUCCACAAAUUUCACCCAGCAAAUCGAUGGGCGGAGAAUUUUGUGUGGCUGCUACCUUCGGAACAUCCAGGUCAUGGUUUGCAAAUAAUGCAGGUCUGAAAAGAGAAAAAGAUCAGUCCAAACAAGUUGUAGUUGAGUCCCUGUACAUUAUCAGUUGCUAUGGCACCUUAGUGGAGCACAUGAUGGAGCCACGACCCCUCAGCACUGCACCCAAGAUUAGUGACGACACGCCGCUGGAAAUGAUGACAUCGCCUCGAGCCACCUGGACUCUGGUUAGAACCCCUCAAUGGAAUGAAUUGCAGCCACCAUUUAAUGCAAACCACCCUCUGCUCCUCGCUGCAGAUGCAGUACAGUAUUAUCAGUUCCUGCUUGCUGGCCUGGUUCCCCCUGGAAGUCCUGGGCCCAUUACUCGACACGGGUCUUAUGACAGUUUAGCUUCUGACCAUAGUGGACAGGAAGAUGAAGAAUGGCUUUCCCAGGUUGAAAUUGUAACACACACUGGACCCCAUAGACGUCUGUGGAUGGGUCCACAGUUCCAGUUCAAAACCAUCCAUCCCUCAGGCCAAACCACAGUCAUCUCAUCCAGUUCAUCUGUGUUGCAGUCUCAUGGUCCGAGUGACACGCCACAGCCUCUUUUGGAUUUUGAUACAGAUGAUCUUGAUCUCAACAGUCUCAGGAUCCAGCCAGUCCGCUCUGACCCAGUCAGCAUGCCAGGGUCAUCCCGUCCAGUCUCUGAUCGAAGGGGAGUUUCCACAGUGAUUGAUGCUGCCUCAGGAAACAACCAGCUGUUCUCAGCCUGCCAAAUCCAAGUAAACAUCCACUGUGUGGAAGAGUGAAUCUGAAGUGGUUCAGUAAAAACAUAAAAGCUGUUUUUGCUGAAGAAGAAGAAGAAAAAAAAAGGCCACCCCGAAACAACAGCUAGUGAAAAAAAAAAAAAAAAUCUUGUUCUGAUAACAUCUUUUCCCUGGAUUGCUUAGAGUUGGACUGUGGAGUAGGAAUGACUCUAGAGCCGUUUCAAUUUAAAAAGAUUUGUAGGCAAACUUGCUGUCGUCUUCUGUUGGUGAAAAUCGUGAUUGUCUUGGUUACAGUGAUUAUUUUAAUAAAAUGCAAUUAUCUGAAUAAUUAAUUUAUUUGACUACUCUACUGUGUCCUUCAUUCACAGAGGCCAAAAUGUCAAAGAUCAAGUAGAUUGGGAGAAUAGGAAAAUUCUCAUUAUAAAGGCAAGGGGAGGAGGGAAAGGAUGAAAUAUUUGGAAUUUCAGUCCAGUGGUUUCUAUUUAUCUGAAAUGUCAAGGGCAGUGUAAAAUGUAUUUUUAAAAUGUGUUUCUGUAUGGUUUGUGCCCAUUCUUGGCGUGGCUGUGGCUGUACAGAGGCCAUUGUUCUUUGAGGAGUAUGAGGGGGUGUCUUUGUCCAAAGUGACAAAAAGAAGACUUGGAAGACUGGGCUUCCUUUGUUCCUGUGCGGUGCUGUAAAAUUUGGUUUGAAAUUAGGACCUCAGGGAAGGACCUUCAAUAGAGAGCUUUCAUUUCCUGCCAGCAUUUUAAUCACUCUGGGGUUUAAAGUGGAUGGCCGGCCAGCAUAAUGGCCCUAUGUUUAAUAGAACAGCUUGUAUCUUGAAGGCCAGUUAAGGGACCUGUCAUCCGCCCAAUAUUCGUCUUUUCUGUUUCCUGUCCAUUUAUGAAGAUCACCCACCCUUUUAGGUGGCUUCCCUGGAUCAUUUUGUAGGGGAGCUGCCGCCACUGCUUCUUAAAGAGGCUGAACAGAAACCCAGUUGAAUGUGGUCCAGUCUUCAGCCCAUGCAGGGAAGUUCUGCAGAGUGCUUUAAUUAGACACGAAGUUCACCACAUUUGGGAGUUGAUUCCGUCAGUUGUAGAGGGACUGUCCCAGAUUUCACAAAAAUAUAGAAUUGGAAGAAGAUUAAAAUUUAUCCAUAUCUCAGAAUUAUUGGCACCUAUUGACCUGAUACGUGCUCACAUCAUCACUGUGGUGGAUGUUAAUGUCAUCCUGUCAUGCACAGGAGUAACUUAUCUCCUGAGGGGUGAAGUAACCUGGUGGGUUUGAUCCUGUUGUAUACAAAGGAAAUUCACAGUUUUUCUAAUACAGUGGCUUGUUAACUCUCAAGGCAGGCUUCCUUUGGAACCAUUUAGAAAUUUACCUUUAUAGUUUAUUAGAUGAUAUCCAGAACUCCUAAAGGAGUAAAUAUUGGAGACAAGACUUGAAAGAGAGAGCCAGCAGUAAGAAGUAAGGGUUCUGAAUUUCUUCCCCAGCUCAUGCCUAGUGGGUAAGAGUAAGAUAACAUCAGUAAAAGCCUGAGAUUCACUAAGUUUUCAUGUAGGAACUGUCACUGAAAUUGCUCUGUGACCAGGUGUUAAGAAUGGCCUUGUGUUGUCAGUAAUGGUGAACUGCUUGGCAGAGGUAAUUUUAGGGGUAACUAUUAAAUAGGAUCACAAAGUGUUUCCCUAACUCUGAGUAAUAACAUACAUGAACGAGGGGAGAGAAGGAAGGGACCUUUUCAACUGCUAGCACACUCUCUAUCCCAUCUCAUAGCCAGUUGUGCUGCAGACAAACAAAACCAGAGAAGCCACUUUUCACGGACAUUUUUCUUUUUUGCAGAUACGUAUGGGUUAUCAUGGUGGAAACAAAGGCAUGUAUAAACCUCAUUCAGCAAUCUUUUCAGAUAGUGUCUGAAAAGAUUCUAUCACCAAUCUAUCUGAGGUCAGCUUAAUCCAUACCCACAGAGAUGAUGAGCCAAAGCCUUCCCUAAGCUAGGGUCCCAUAGUCUUCCCUAAGCUAGGGUCCCAGCGCUGGGUGGGGAACAGGAGAAAAGGCCUGGGGCACGGGGGAGAAAAGGCAGUUGCAGAGAGUAAUGUUUGGAGGCAUUCUCAGUUAUUCAAAAGGAAUGGAAUGACGUUAAAAUUCUCCCAAAAAAGGUUGGAACCACCUCAGCUUCCCUUUCCCCACUCUGUAAUCAGUAAUCAUUGUCUGGUAUGUUCAGAUGAUAAUCCAGUUGGCCACCAAGGGGUUGUGCUUCCUUACUGACUGUAUUUGUGAUCUCUAAGACUUUUCAAACACGGGUUUAAACAUCCAGAGACUCCGGCCUCUUUGAGAGUCAUUCUCCCACUGUGUCCCUUUUGACUUCUUUUGUCAUGUCUCUAGUGCAGAUUUCCCAGCUGCCCAAUUUGAGCCCUUUUGAGUUGACCUCCCUUGGAUGAGUAGCUCUUUGAAAGCUGAUUUAAAGUGAGUGUUGCUCCACCUAAGAGCUGUUGUCUGAAAAAAGCACUAUCUACAACAGCAGAGGUGGCCGAGAAAGGCAGACAGGCUCUCCUGAGGCUGGUUUUGCAGAUUUGCAUUGGUCUAGUAGGAAUUACGCAUCAUUAGACUGAACUUCUUAUGUUUGCAUCCAGGUCAUUUCUCCAUCAAAAAAAAAAAAAAAAAAAUGCCACUGACAUUUCAGCCAAGGAACCAUCAUUGUACUUACACCAGUCUGUUCCCACACAUGAAAUGUUAUGCUUCAAAUAACCACUCAACAACUCAUCUGAAGGUCCAGAGUAUGUUUACUGGGUAAAAUAUUUCAGGCAUAGACUUGGAGAGCAAGCUGCCCACCAGGGCAGGGCCUUAGCAUAAAGUUAAUAUCGUCAGAGAUCUGACUAUAAUCCAUUUCAUUCACUGUUGCAGUUUGCUGUGUGGGUGUUUCUACAAUGUGGGAAACUUGUUUCAUUGAAGAGUCUGAAUAUUUUGUAAGGAUGUGAAGAGUUGCAAAUAAUCUUUUCUGUAAGGCUAUGAGGAGAAACAAAGCAGCUAAUGUUAGAAAGAACUGGUACACGAUUGUUUUCUGUCAUUUGUAAAACUAAAUAGGAAUAUUCUGGUCUUUACAGA